UGAUUACAUAAACCUCACCUGAGAAGCCUCACGGGAAGUGUUUUGAACUUCUCACUAUAAAGCUAGCCACGUGUCUAUCAUGUUGAGCUUAUAAAUCCCGUCUGUGGCGUGGCGUGGCUCUCGUGUAAAUUAAUUACAUAUUACAAACUCAAAAUGGCGAAAGCAGCAGAGCAGAAACAAAAGUCGACCGUUGUGACUGAAGAAAAGAAGCUUGAUAUCCGCGACGUGGUGCACACAGCCACCACUUACGGCAGAAGACGCAAUGACGUGGCAAUGGUUGCGCUAAGAGCUAUGUGCAUGGCUGUAUCGGCGGUUGCUGUGACGUUAACGGUGACGGCACGCGAGACUAGCAUGACCACUCUCUACGGUUUCGAGUUUCAGCUCCACGCCGUUUGGUCUCUCUCAGAUUCUCUAAUAUAUCUAGUGGUGGUUUCAUCUGCGACGGUUCUUUACUCGUUGCUCCAACUUAUCACAAGUGGAACAAGACUGAUGACGCUGAACAAAGGUGGGAUGAUGAUAAACGGAGUGGUAAUAGUAGGAGUGAAGCCAGUAGACCCGAUACAGAAGCAAGCGUUAAACGAGAGACUCAACAACCAAGGAUUCACGCCUCUACCUCCACCAUUAUCCACCAGAGACACUGCUCGACCCUCAUCUCGUCUUCAGUACUUGCAAAACGGUAGCGCUUUCUCCCCUCAAACCAGCGGUGGUGCUAUGGCCUCCCCAUCGAGGUCGAUGGUCGCAAAGGUCUACGACUUGAUGUUCGGUGUUUAA